AUGAUCUGCAGUGAAAAGAAAUCGAGAAAAAAGAUAAAAGUUAGUGUGAAACGUCAGUUACACCCAAACUGCAAAUGGAUUCCAAUCGGAACAGGAAACCAUUAUAAAGGAAAAUGGAAUCAUAGAACGAUGUCCGGAGACGGAGUUUACGUCAUGCAAAAUGGAACUGUCUAUGAGGGCAAUUUUGACGACGGGUUGUUUCAUGGAGAUGGCACUAUGUACUAUUCAUCAGGAUCCCGGAUUGAGGGAGUUUGGGAAAAAGGAAAAUGCGUACAACAAAAUUACAUAUUCAUCGACGGUCUCAGAUUUCAGCAAAAUAAUUGGCAGUACUGUAAGGUGCCAGAUAGAAGAUUUGCCAUCGAACAUACCAACGGUUUUGAACCAGCUGCUAGGAGUUAUGUUACCAAUCGGCAGCCCACGAUCGAAGUGCCGGACGGAGCGUAUGACGCCGGUGAUGGAUUUUACUGGCCACUUACUAACACUGUACACAAUUACUGGACAAACGCGCUAAUUAGGGUCCCGACGGUAGAAAGCAGUAACUGGAUUAUUGAAAACUGUCAUCGAGGUGGCAAAAGAGUGGUAGGUUUUCGACCAGAGCUGUACAAAAAUUGGUAUGAUACUGCAAGGGAAGAAAAUGAAGAAGGAUCUACGGCUGCGGAUACUAAUAUAUCUUCCGAAGAAAUCAUUCACAGCGACCAAUCUAUAAUGGCCGAAAUCAAAUCAGCACCUUGGUUUGAUUUACCUCUACGAAGCAUACGGUCGGUACAUGAACUAUCUACGUUGAAUCAACCGUCAUCGACAUCGUCGUUGGUGGCGGAGAGUUUUAAACUAAGUCGUUGCCAAAGGACGUUGAUAUUGAAUCACAGAGUGGCUGAAAAUUAUUGCAAUUAA